AUGGGAGCAUAAUGUUGCAGCAAUUCUUCAUAUUUGGAUGAUGUAGAACCAUGUGAUGAUAUAGAAGUGAGUCGUUUGGAUACUCGUAAAAUCAAUAUUAAAUAUAAUUACAAAAAGAAGUAGAAAGAAUUGAAUUCAUGUCAAACUACUAAGACUCAAGAAAGAACCAAACAACUGGCAGUCACUCUGAAAAGUGGAGGUGUAUAUUAAGGGGAUUGGGUCGGUAAUAAAAGGGAAGGUUAUGGAAUUCUAAGAUGGCCAGAUGGUUCAGAAUAUGAAGGAGAAUGGAAGAAUAACAAGGCUCAUGGAUAAGGAAAGUUUGUCUAUCCAGACGGAGACUAUUAUGAAGGAUAAUGGGAGAAUGAUAAGUAAAAUGGCAGAGGGACAUUCCAGUCGAUGAGUGGAUGUAAAUUCGAAGGAUAGUGGAAGGAUGACUUAUAAUAGGGUUAUGGGAUGGAGACUUGGGAGGAUGGGAGUAAGUAUGAGGGAUACUUUUAUGAGGGAAUAAAGUAGGGACAGGGGACUUAUGUUUGGAAUGAUGGUUCGACAUAUACAGGUUUGUGGAUUAAUAAUAAGAGACACGGGUAGGGAUCUCAAGUGUGGAAGAAUGGUAAAGAAUAUAAAGGGGAGUGGUUCGAGGAUUUUAUGUGCGGUUAAGGGUAAAUUAGAUGGCCCAAUGGUUGUACAUAUGUUGGACAGUUUAAUAAGGAUGCUCCUAAUGGUUAUGGCAUUUUUAAAUGGUCGAAUGGUAAGAGUUAUGAAGGUAGUUUUAAACAAUCAAAGCCAAACGGGAAAGGUAAAGUUACUUUGGAUAAUGGUCGGACAAGAUUUGGAGAAUGGAAUGAGGGGUAGUUGAUUAAGUGGUUUGACAACAACCAAGACGGGUAAAAAGACAACUUUGAUGUACUCAAUUUAGAAGAUUUAUGA